AUGGGUCAUAGAGCUGUUGUUUUACCUCUUCACUUCAAAGUCUCAUGGAAACCAGCACCGGUCAAUCCCAUUCGCAUCAUGAUAUUUUUCUCAGCUUCCGGCGAUGUUUAUUGUUUGUUAGAUUGA